GUAUUUUUUUAGAUUUUCCGUGUAAAAUAUCAUUAACAGMCUUCUUACUUAUGUUGGCUCAAGACGCGCUGUCGUCUUAUCCAAACAAUCUUGGCCCAUAACACGUUUAACUAUCAAAAGCUGCUAUUCUUGACAUCAAUUGUUUGAAGGGUUGCACCUGUUAGUGCUCAAGUGAAUUGCAUCUAUCCUUUUCUUUGGUUCCCUAAAACGAAAUUUGAUAGCCAUCGUCAAAGAGAGGCUUUGGUUUUCAAGCUGCUCUUUAUUGAAAGUGAGAAAAGUCACAUUGAAACGCAACCGCCUCAAGUAACUGUUUUUCAACRAUAUUUUGAAGACCAAAUCGUGAAAGGGUAAACAAACACGGACAUUGACAUUUCCCACUGAAUGAACAAGUACUGGAACUAAAACACUUUUUUCAGCAUCUUCAAUUCAAGAUCAAAAUACUGUAAGUUCUCCUGAAAUAAAAUCGCUUUCCUGUAAGCUUUAUUCGCUUUAUCCGAUGGUGGAAAUACAAAGAAACAAGUGAAAAACCAAACAAUACAGAGCUCGUGCUGUUUACAUAAUCCAGCUGACAUCUCGAAAGGGAAAAACAUUUGCAAGACAAAAAUAUUGUUCUUGGAGCUGACAUAUGUCGCAUUCAAUUCCAAUUUGAGUGGAUGAAUUUGAAAACACUGAGCGAAAAAAACGAAAAAUCAGUGUGGUUAUGAUUCAGUGAAAUUUGGGCAGUUUAAUUCAACUGGUUGAAAGAAAACUUAUAUUUUUAUUCCUUAAAUUAAAUCAAAACCUCAAACUCGUCAUCUAGACCAAUAUGGGGCAGUACACCCCAGAAGCGAUCGCAGAAACAACAUUCAUGAUAUUCAUUUGUAUUUUGGCAUCUUUCGGAAACAUUUCUUUGUUCAUCGUAGUCUUUACCAAUUCCAACCUGAAAUCAAUCUCAAAUUAUUACGUUCUCAGUCUUGCGGCCGCAGACUUGAUGGUAGUUCUGGUCAGCGGACCCGUGACUGCAUCGAGCAUGCUCAAAGGUAAAUGGGAGUUUGGAGAGACAGCUUGUACACUAUUUGGGUUCAUAACUUUAUUGACAUUCGUUGCUUCCGUGAACAGCUUAGCAACAAUUGCGUUGAAUCGAUAUUUUUUCAUCGUAAAAUGGAAAGAAUACAAAAACAUUUUCAACAAGCGUCGAAGUUUCCUCUAUGGGGCGUGCACGUGGGGAUUUUCCAUCUUCAUUAGUAUUCUACCGCUAUUUGGCUGGGGGAAAUUCGACUAUAUUCCUGAAAAGUCUUACUGUUUUGUACUUUGGCCAGCAAACGUGUACUAUAUGUACUUUAUGGUUAUAAUUUGCUUUUGUGGACCGCUGAGUGCUAUGUUAAUAUGCUAUUACAAGAUUCUAACUUUUACAAGGAACCUUAAGAGAAAACUCUUCAUGUCGAAGACCAAUCCAUCUUCCAAGAAAAAGUUCUUUAAGCGUGAGGCCCGAGUGGUGUCCCCUGAGGAAACAAAACUAACAAACACACUUCUGAUCGUUGUGGCUUGUUUUGUGUUUUGCUGGGCACCGUUUGCUAUAACCAUGUUCUUUGACGUUUAUCAUCCACACCCUAUUCCUCGCGAGGUACACGUCGGAUCGUUACUUUUGGGAUAUCUCAAUAGCAUGUGUAAUCCCAUUCUCUAUGGACUACGCAAUACAAGCUUCAAAAAAGGGUUCAAAAACUUAUACGCCAAGUGUUUGCCUUGCUUGAUCAGGAAAGAAGAGGUCAGCUAUUUUCAGAGUUCAAUCGAUGGAAGCGAAAACGACUCCAACAAGUCUAAGACAACGAAAGACAGCUACUGCUUUAAAAACAGCUUUGAAAACGUGAUCGAAAACAAGGAAGUGCCUGCGGAAGAGCAAGAGUGUCAUCAUCCUUCUAUUAUUUUCAAUCACAGAGUUUCUCCCACUUUUAAAGACGUUGGAGUUUUUCUUUCCGAAAAAAGAGUAACAACUGUAUAGUAUACAACUUUAAGUUGUUAUCGCUUCUUUUGGCAUAUUUUUAUUUUCAUAUUAUCGAGUAGAAUCGUCCUAUGGUUGCUGGGAGAUGAUAUAUAAAGGUAAUUAAUGAAGUUAACAAUGUCCAAUUUUAAGAAACAUUCAUUUGUUUUGUUUUAUUAUAAGGAUAUUGUAUAUAAUUAACGCCAACUAACUGGCUACAAGAAAAGCAUUUUUGUAUAUCAAAUAUUUAAGGAAUAAAGUAUGGAUUGCCAUAGUUUAUCCGUGAAA